GUCACUUUCGAUGGGAUCUUUGAGGGCUUGGAUCGAACAGCAGCUCUGGAGACCCCCACUUGUUUUGCCAAUAGAUACUCCUCGUCAUCAAACUUGACCAUGGCAGUGCCGGUACUUCGUCUCAGAGUCCUCCAAGUGGCGUUGGCUCUGUUGGCGAGCCCUUGGUUCCAUGUGUCUUUUGCUUCAGGGUUUCUCUUUCCAUCCAUUCCACAGCAACGGCUUGCCCAGACCCCACUACUAGUGGUAUCUACCCAUGGUCGCAGCAAGAGCAAUGUCUGCCUCUUUGCCACAGAGACGACUACAAUUGAGGACACAACUGAUGACGAGUCAUUACGGCUGUUGAAAAUUGCCAUUGGUGCCCAGGGUAGUUCUGCUGCGGCAUCCAUUCUGUUGGUCCAGAUCAAUGAACUACGACAACAAGGAUCCAACACGGACAAGGUUGCUCCAUUCCUGACCAAUCUACUGGAAAACGGCCCCGAUGCGCGGCUUCCCUUUUGGCGUCGCUCCAAGCGUCUGGCUAGAUUCUCCCAACGGGCUCGAUAUGCCUCCUUGCGACGGACUCUGGAUAUCACCACUCCGCCCGUUAGUGAGAGUGAAUCCACCACCUUCACGGAAAAUGACACGGAGGAACGACGCCAACAGAGACGUCGACGAGCUUUGGUAGCAUUGUUACGAUCCUUAUCUGACCUAGAAGACAGCAGUUCCAAGGUCCCUGCCAUUGUGACGCUCGAGCGCAAGGCCCUUUCAGAUUUAAAAACACCCUCGAGCGAAGAAUUGCGCAGUCGGAUUCCGGAAGGAUUGGAAACUCCCGACUACGACGUGAUUGACACACUAAUGGGACAGGUUCAGAUUCGAACGUAUCAGCCUUAUUCGGUCUGUGCUGUAUCCAUGAAUGCCAACCGUCCCGCCAACAAUGCCACCGAUGCCAAAGUAUCCAUGCCCGAAUUGGGCGGUGCCAGUUCCUUUGGAGCAUUGGCCGGGUACCUCUUUGGAAAGAACCAACAAUCCACCGCCAUGAAAAUGACCACACCCGUCUUUACUACGCCAACAGCAACAACAACGACCACGACAGCCACAAAGGAGGAUAAACAAAUGGAAUUUGUACUGCCCUCCAAUUAUUGGCAAAAUGUCCAAGAAGCACCUCAACCCAUACCGGGAAGUGGCGUCACUUUGCAACAAAUGGAAUCGGAAACACGGGCCGUGUUGAUGUUUGGUGGCUACGCCAGUCAAAAAGUAGUGGCGGCGAAAAAUGAACAACUGAAAAAGGCAUUGACAGCUUCCAAACAAAGCCAGUGGAAGAUUGUGGAAGAAGGCAACAAUAAGAAUGACAUGAUGGCAUUGGCCCAGUACAAUGAUCCCUUUACGGUGCCGUGGAAACGAUUGAAUGAAGUGUCGGUCCAAGUAGUUGCAUCAGUGGCAAAUGGGGCUCCCGAAUAAGAAACUGCUCCUUGAAACAGACCGCGGGCACUGGGUGCUAGCUAGCAGGGCAAUGUACGUAUUAGCUUUCGCCCAUCAAGUUGGACAUAUAUUUGGAAUUACCCGCAGUAAUCCUCUGAAAUUGGAAAGACGACGGUCAAGAAGCAACCACUGAGCACGCCAAGCUAUAGUUUGAACUCAUGGACGAUUCAGUGGCUACAAAUGCUCUUUCCUUAUUACGCCGUCUUCUAUGGUGCCGCUCCUCGUACGCACUCAAUAGUUUUCAGUACCCGUAGGCUUGAUCAAGAUUCGUUGGUACCCGUCACAUCGUAAACACAACGGGCAACAUUUGAGCGUCUCGUUUCAAACGAGCACAGGCAGUUUCCGCAACCGAUUCCGUGAUACAUUCUUCCAAACGACCAGAUCAUUCAUUCUUUCUGGACCGGAUUAGGGAAGCGUGGAACUGCGGGGCCCUGACAGCACGGGAAUGACUCGGGCCACCAAGAACUUGGCAUUCUUGGCCCUGGCAGUCUUUUCAUCUUGCAAGUUGGUCACUCCGUCACGGGCCAACCUUUUGGCGUUAGUCCUCAAAGAGAACAAUAUCAAAGACACGCUCCUCGUGUUCUACAGGACGGGGAGGGAAGGUACCAACGACAGUACAACCGUUGGUGAUAUCCUUUGCUAUUACGGUCAGGCCAUCAUCGCACUGGUGCGUGGGUGGAGAGCAUACUGGACAGGAACCAAUCGGAUUGCAGUUGUCAUCCCUCUGGCUGGAGUAACGCAAACCAUCAUCGCAAGCCACGGCUCGCACACGCAGACUAGAACAUAAUCAGAAUAACAAUCGCUGUCUUGCUGACAAUACGGUCGCAGUUGUCGUACAUGUAGCUCAAAGAAAGCCGUGCCCGCCCCAGACGACACAAGUCGUAGUCGUAGGGUAAAAAUCUGCUGGACCAGGCUCUGGGACGAGUAGAUCCAUGCCAACUGCCAACAAGCAUUUUGCAAGACCUCUCAAAG